CACUUGCGACUGUUUCGAUUUGGAUGGCGCGUAGUUCGCUGGCGAAUGUCCUGACCGACGGUUGUGUGGCGGACUAGAAAGAACACUACGGAAUCGGGCUAAGGAUAGCAUUUCAAAACGGCAAAAUCCAAUUUCCAAAUUGUAUUGUACAUUUUUAAGAAAUAUCUGAACAAUUCACAUUUUUCUUGAUUUUUUUUAUGUGCUCUAUGAAAUAAACAAGAAUGUUUGCCUGAAAUAUAAACAAGCAGAGGGAAACAAAUUACUUCAACAAGUUUUUAAGUGAAUGCAAAAACCGUGCCGUAUUUUUUGUGCCCAAGUUUUUCGACCUUUCCAUUUGUUUUUGUUUUUUUUUUUUGAGUUUACAACCACUGUCCAGCGAAUUCGAGGAAUCAAAUCAGAUACGUUUCCCAUUUGAUGCCCGCAAUCACGGAUGCCAACUAAGAAAGGCGAUAUAACUCACGGAUAUGCAAAUGCCGAGGUGGGCGUGGCCGGGGGCGUGCCGCAACAAGCAAAUGCGAGAAGCCAAACAAUAGAGACAGAGUCAUCCAAUUAGAAAGGCCCUACAGAAUCGAAUAAUAUAUACACACAUAUAUUUAAGCACGAUAGGCAUCUCUGCCAAGAUGGCUGGCCAUCAGUCGCUGGCUCUCUUGUUGGCCACGCUAAUUAGCAGCUGGCCAAAAGCCUCUUGGGGCGCCACUGGAAACGGUAGCAUCAUAAGCGCCAGCAACAGUAGUGGCAACAACUAUGCAUUCACCUCGGAACACACGGAUCACUCGGACCACAAUGCCAACGACUCCAUGGAAUAUGAUGCGGAGAGUGUGGCCCUCGAACGGAUCGUAUCCACAAUAGUUCCGGUGUUCUUCGGCAUUAUCGGAUUCGCAGGACUUUUGGGCAACGGUCUGGUUAUUCUGGUGGUUGUGGCCAACCAGCAGAUGCGCUCCACCACCAACCUGCUGAUUAUCAACCUGGCCGUCUCGGACAUUCUGUUCGUCAUCUUCUGUGUGCCGUUCACGGCCACCGAUUACGUGCUGCCGGAGUGGCCGUUUGGCAAUGUGUGGUGCAAGUUCGUCCAGUACAUGAUUGUGGUUACGUGCCACUGCAGUGUUUACACGCUGGUGCUGAUGUCCUUUGAUCGCUUCCUGGCCGUCGUCCAUCCCGUGACUAGCAUGUCCCUGCGAACGGAGCGCAAUGCCACACUGGCCAUCAUGUGCGCCUGGAUAACGAUUGUGACGACUGCGAUUCCGGUGGCACUUUCGCACUCGGUGAGGAUUUAUCAGUACCACGGAAAUGCUGGCACCGCUUGCGUCUUUUCCACGGAGGAGGAGAUCUGGAGUCUCGUCGGUUUUCAGGUCUCAUUCUUUCUAUCGUCAUAUGUGGCACCCUUGACGCUGAUUUGUUUCCUGUACAUGGGAAUGCUGGCUCGUCUUUGGAAAAGUGCUCCUGGCUGCAAGCCAUCCGCAGAGUCACGCAAGGGAAAACGGCGCGUCACCCGAAUGGUUGUUGUUGUCGUAUUGGCAUUCGCCAUCUGCUGGCUGCCCAUUCAUGUCAUCCUCGUGUUGAAGGCACUGAAUCUUUAUGGCGGCAGCCACUUGUCGGUCAUUAUCCAGAUUAUAUCCCAUGUGGUGGCCUACACGAACUCCUGCAUCAACCCCAUACUGUAUGCCUUUCUGUCCGAUAACUUUCGCAAGGCAUUCCGCAAGGUGGUCUGGUGUGGAAGUCCGCCUCCUCUGAUGACCAAUCAACAGGUGACCAAGACCACGCGCACUGCAACCGGAAACGGAACGUCCAAUAUUGAAAUGCUCUAAGCGGUGCUUGCAGCUCUUGAAAGUAAACUAAUUGAGAUGGUCACACCAUUUUUGAAGGCGACUUACAAACUCGAAACACAAAAUGUGAAUUUAAAACUAACAAAGAACACAAAAACAUUAAAACGCGGCGCAUAUAAGUUAACUAUAGUGUAUAUAUAGUAAACAAUGUAUGUCUAUGAGGAGAAUAUAAUUUUCCGAAUAAUGAAAUGUGAUUGUUUUGAUAGUUUGAAAUGUGUACGCAUUAUUUCCCUAAAAAUAAGUCAACCGCAAGGUAUAUUAUAAACACAUAUAUUCUAUGUUAAAUUUUAAUACGAUUGGAUUCUUAUAAAACUUUGAGCGCCGUGUAAGUUUCAUUUGUGGCCUAGAACUUAAGUAUUUAACAUAAAAUUUAAUUUUUCGAAAAUAAUAAUAAAAAGAAGAAAGUUAAAGCUUAAAACUCAAUUGGUUACAUUUUGCACCUGAAAUAUUGAAAAUGGCAAAACAAAUCUGCAACAGAUAUGCUGUAAAUUUCCUGAGACAGAAAUUGAUGAGAGUUGACACACUAAUUAAUGAAUAGAAUUGAUAGGCAGUGGGAUUUCUGUAACAAUUUGUAGAUUUCCGUGUUAUAAGCGAGUCAUACGUCAUUUAUUCAUUAAGCGUUUAAUAAUAUAAAAUUAUUAUUAACAGAAAAGACAGGAAACAAAAGUUAUUACCGAUUUACAUGACCAUAUUGAGAAGAUUAGAUUUAACAAUACAACCUUUGGAAUUUAAAUGAACGAUUUUCGAAAACAAAUUGUUUUUUCUGUUUUCCAUUGAAAAAAUAUUUUGUUGGGCAGAGAAGCACAAAGAUAGAAGAAAUUUAUAUAGCACGUAAGAAAGUUUUUUUAAUUACCAGAGCUGUAAUUUUAGAUGCAGGUAAAUGUUUCAGAUUCGAGGUCUAAUAGAAUUAUUCUGGUACUAAUUUCUCGUACCAACGCAGCUCAAUUUCAUAGAAAUUAUCCUUUUCGUUAUGCAAAUUUAAUAAAUCAUUAAAUAAAGCAGAUUAGAACAAAAAAACUGCAGAUAAAUACAAUGCUUUCAUCCGCAUAAAUUAUAGAAACAUUCCAUUUCCUACUCCAAUUAUAAUUAAUUCACAAAUUAGACAAUUGUUGACCAUGCGAAGUUGGUAAACGUUUAAGUUAAUCAUGUAAAUUACACGUAUAUAUAGAUACAACAAUUUAUACACAUUUGACUAUUAUAUAAGUGACAUUAAUAAAACAUUUAUAUUGCUUUGUUGACUUUUCAUUUUGCUUGUCUUCGGCCUUGCCGAAUUUAAAUGUGGCACAAAAAAGGAUAUACGAAAAUGGGAGUAGGUGUUCCUAGUGAAAAACUACUCGAAAGCUGAAAUAUGGAACAUAAAAUAUUAAAAAACGAAAUUUUCUUAAAUUAAUUUCUAGAUUAGUUUACUCGAUUUUUAUGAAAGCAAUUCAGAUUGCACAAAUAUACUAUUAAAACAAUUGGAAACACAUGCUCCCAUUUCAGUAUGCUACUGUAUUUAACAAAUAAAACUAUUGUAACUAUAUAUAAGCUUAUGUAUAGCAACAUAAAUGCGUAUAUAUAUAUAUGUAUAUAUAUAUAUACAUAUAUAUAUAUAUGUAUAUAUAUUUAUAUAUAUGUAUUUGUAUUUGUAAAUGUAUUCUACUGCAUUCCUAGCACAGUUGUGGAAUUGAACAAUAUUUGAAUUUAGAAGGAAAACAACCGAGAAAUAAUGGCAAAAUUGAACAGAAGAAAAGUUUAAAUAUUCUAACUAUAAGCGUAAAAUAAAAAAAGUUUUUUUGUGUACCCUGUAGGGUAUUCGCUAGCCGCCUAUUCUCACGAAAAUCGAAACAAAACUAGCGCAUAAAAAAUGCAUUACGAAAUGUACUCAUCAUUUUCCCAUUUCAUUUAUGCAGCAAAUAGUUUAUUGCGUAAGAUGAAAAGCGGAACUUAUUGUAUUUGUAUAUGAAUGUAUAUGUACAAUAACAUUUGUUCAUUGUGUUAAAUAAAAUUGAUGACUCUGUGUACACAA